GUCGAUGUCCGCGAUACAAGUUCAGUGAUACAAGAGUCAGUAACAAGGCGGCCUAGAUCUGCGGUUGGGCGAUUCCAGUACGUACCGCGGCCGCUCAUCUCUGCUAUUAGUUUCACUUACAUCGAAAUACUAGAACCAAUGUCACUGAACCCCAGCAGACAUGGCGCUGUAGUUCCUGGCAGUCUCGCUGUAUGAUUUCCCACGUUCGCCAAACCAGUUUCGAGCAGCGAGUUUGCAAUGCAUUGUUAAAGCCUCUUAGUUAUAUCGGCCUGUACGGGGUUCCAUACGGCGCGAUGGAAUGGUCGGAUGUUGGCGUGAUGAACAUUUGCAGUGCUGCUAUCCUAAUUAGAAGAGAUGACUGAUUUACUGUACGCACGAGAUUAUAACAGCAUCCUCCUCAACGUGUGUCCCGUUCGAUAUGCUGUUCAAUCGUAGAGCAAUUAGCUAGAACACGCGAAAUCGUCGCACUCGAUCUACACGCAUAGCUAAGCGUCAGGUGAGGUAACCAGAGAAGCGAGUUUCUUCACCGCGUGCACGAACUCAGACGUCGACCAUGACGGUGGCAGUCGAGUUGAUUCGUGCCGUUCUGAGAGUCAACCUGUGGCUGGACAGACAUGCCAGAGCGUACGCCAGGCGGCGCUACUUCAGGUUCUGGAAGCAGAGUGCCCUCCUGCUGAUAGCCUGCGUCGGCGUAUCCAUGUGGCUGCUGUUGCUCACUCGCGGUGGCGGCGACGACGACGCUGACGCUGCGUCACCGGAUAUGAACGACCUGCUCGCGCAGAUCGGACGCAGGGACAAGUACCGCAAGAUCAUCGGCAUCGCGCGGGCGACGACGCGCUACGAGAGGGCGCGCGUGACGAUAGCGACGCAGGCGUCCGUCGAGUACGUGCAUCACGUCGUCGAUCUGACGCGUCGCUGGGACGGUCCGAUCGUCGUCGCCGUUUACACGCCGGGCGACACCUACAUGGCGGCGACGAAGACCAUCGAGCUGCUGCGUCGCUGCUACCCGCGCGUGCGCGCGCAGGUCACCUUCUCGCUGCUCUACGGCGACGACCAGCGGCCGAACCGCGCCGACAAAGCCAAGCUCUUCCGACUCGACGAGACGCCGUGCGCCGAGCUGCGCUUCCCGCUAGAGGUCGCCGGCGCGCGGCAGACGGCGAAGUACGGGCUGUAUCCGGUGAACGCGGCGCGCAACACGGCGCGAGAGACGGUCGGCACCGAUCACGUGCUCGUCAUGGAUAUCGAGUUGAAGCCGAGCGCGGGGUUGGAGCAGGCGUUCCUGUCGAUGCUAGCCCGCCACCGCGCCGCGCCCGACCCGCGCUGGCAGGGACACAGCAUCGUCUACGUGCUUCCAGUGUUCGAGGUCGAGGACGGAGAAAAGAUUCCCGAAGACAAGACUCAGCUGGUCGAGCUGCUAAGCGCCGAGAAGGCCGUCUACUUUCACAAGCUGCGAUGCGGCGUAUGUCAUAAGAUUCCAUACUACGACAUGUGGACGGAUACGACUUACCGAUCAAAGGACCUUGAUGUCUUUUUCGUUACAAAGUGGGUUGCGCCAUUCUGGGAGCCAGUGUUUAUCGGUAGGUUUGCGUUUUUAAGAAAUUCAACUAAACAACAAGAACCGAUGUACGACGAACGAUUCAAGGGCUACGGCUCCAAUAAAAUCCAGCAGGUGUUCGAGAUGUGCCUGAUGGAUUACGAGUUUCACGUUCUCGACGGUGCCUUCCUAGUCCACGAGGCAUUCACAAUCUACGAAACACGACUGAAAGAGAGAGGUGCGAUCAUCAAGGCAAACUAUCGUCUGCUGGUGGAUUUCGCUGGUGAGGCCACGGCAAGGUAUCGAUCCCAGGACUGCAAACUGCAAAGAACUGGAGAAAUCCUCGGAUACUUUCCCGACGAGCAACGAUACGAUCCGAGCGCCAGAUACACGUGACCCCAGAUUUUUUUUUGUAAUCUGCUCUCCCAUUGGCUGAUGCAGAUGCCCGCAUCACAGCUCAGUGCGGCCAGGCUGGCCUAUCCUCUUGCGAGGAUGCAGGGAUGAAG